AUGGCCAAUAAAAUCAACAAAGAGCUGUUGAAUUUGGAUGAAGUCACAAAUCCUAGCUCCCUACAACACCUCAUUCAAAUACGAGGAAAGCAGCUUCGAGAACAAUUAGCGAGAUCCUUCAACUAUUGGCUCAAGGUCCCUGAUAUUCAACUUAAAAAUGCGAUCGAUACCAUGACAAUGCUGCUUGAUGAUGUCCAAGAUAAUUCUCUAACCAGACGAGGACUACCUUCAGCUCAUUUUAUUUAUAAUUUUAGGAAGCUGACAAAGAUGGGCAUAAUGCGUCAAAGCACCAAAAUUCUGGAACUGAAGAAGUAUUGUUUGUCUCUACUGGAGAAGUCUGGAGGUAUGCAGUAUACAAGGGAUAUUUUAAUAAAGAUGGACAAGAAAUUGCGAACUGAGGUAUUUUGUAGACACUCAUAAA